AUGGCGAACGAGGAGGUCCAAUCGAAGCUCUUCCAGCCCCUCAAGCUGGGACGACAAACGCUGCACAACCGCGUCGCACUGGCACCGAUGACGCGGUUUCGAGCCAGCGACAGCCACGUGCCACUCCUGCCCAUGGUGUCGACAUACUACACACAGCGAGCAUCCGAGCCAGGAACGCUCUUGAUCACGGAAGGAACAUUCAUCUCGCCGCGCGCAGGAGGCUACGCAAACGUGCCAGGGAUCUACAACGACGAGCAGAUCGCGGCGUGGCGGACCGUCACAGACUCAGUGCACGCCCAGGGCAGCUUCAUCUUCCUGCAGCUAUGGGCGCUCGGACGCACCGCGGGCGUGGAUAAGCUGAAAGCCGACGGGUUCGACCUCACCUCAUCGAGCGCGGUGCCCAUGUCUCCUAAAGCCGCAGUUCCUAGGGAGAUGACGCUCGACGAGAUUAAAGGAUUCACAGAGGACUACGCACAGGCGGCGCGCAACGCCAUUGCCGCCGGGUUUGACGGCGUGGAGAUCCACGGCGCCAACGGUUAUCUCGUGGACCAGUUUAUCCAGGACAAAGUCAACCAGCGAACCGACGGCUACGGCGGGAGUAUCGAGAAGCGAUCACGGUUCGCCAUUGAAGUCGCCAGCGCAAUCGUCGAUGCUGUCGGCGCAGAUCGCGUCGGCAUCCGAUUGAGUCCUUUCAGUGACUUCCAGGGCAUGAAGAUGGACGAUCCCAUCCCGCAGUUCACGCAUCUGGUCAAGGCCCUGAAACCGCUGAACCUCGCUUAUAUCCACGUGGUACAGACCGUGCCCGACGACAGGGACCAGCCCGAGCCGGCUGAGAAGGUCGAUUUCGUGGUCGAUGCCUGGGACAAUACUAGCCCCGUGGUCAUCGCAGGGAAUUUCAAGGCAGCUUCCGCCGCCAGAGCGGUGAAUGAGGACUUCUCGGGUAAAGACGUGGUCAUUGCGUUUGGGAGACCUUUCCUCGCAACACCUGACAUCGUGUUCCGCCUCAAACAUGGCAUCAGCUUCAAUCCCUACGAUCGAAGCACAUUCUACGCACCCAAAUCCGAGACGGGAUAUAUCGAUCAGCCUUUUAGCAAGGAGUUUGAGCGAGUGAAGAAAGCUUCAAAGCUAUCUUAG